AUGGGUUUCCUGGGCGUCUACACGGCUGUGUAUGAUUACCAGCCUCAGGGCGAAGGUGAACUGGAGAUUCGCGAGGGCGAUCUGCUCUACAUCAUAGAGAAGAAUGCCGAGGAUGAUUGGUGGAAGGCCAAGAAGAAGGCAGAGCCAGACGACGAAGACGAGCCUGAAGGACUAGUUCCGAACAACUACGUCGAAAAGGCGCAACCGAUCCACAACGCCAAGGCUCUUUUCGACUAUACUCGACAAACAGACGAGGAGGUUUCUUUCUCCGAAGACGCUGACGUGCUCGUUUACGAUACUUCGGAUCCGGACUGGACUUUGGUUGGGACUGAUGGGGACUGUGGAUUUGCACCUUCAAAUUACAUUGAAAUCCUUGAAGAUAUUGCGCCCACUGCUCAUGCCGUGGCUUCCUCUCCUGCCCCAGUCACAGAGCCUGAAUAUGAGCCUGAAGCUCCGUCUCUCCCGCAACGACCGACGCAGGCUGCUGCGGAAGAGUAUCACCCGUCAGCCUCUGGGUCCCCAAUCGAUACGGUGCAGAACCCCGCCGCAGCCGCGAUUGCGGAUAUUAUUCACAAGCAGCAUGCACCCGCGAGCGCGCAAAUAGAGCCCACCAGAGAUGAACCUCCGCCUCCUCAGCUACCUACGCGACCCUCCUACGAUGAAGGCGAAGAAGAACCCCCUGCGCCUGCUCUGCCGCGCCGACCUCCGUCCGAACAGUUAGAAAAUUGGGCUACACCUCCUUUGCAAUCCCGCUCGCCUGGGGCUUCCCCCCCCCCUCGUCCCCAGGCGGCAGCUACUUCGAUGGGUCGCGAUGGAACCCAUGUGAAAGCGUCUCCUCCCUACAACCGGGCUGGCGAGAUGACACCGCGGUCUCCCUCGGGUUACCACAUGUAUAACAUCAAUGAAAUGGUCGAGGUGAUGGGCAAGCGAAAGAAGAUGCCAACAACGUUGGGCAUCAACAUGGUCACCGGAAUCAUCUUCAUCUCUCCCGAGGGCGAUGAUCGCCAACAAGAAUGGACCGCGGAGAAGCUUACUCAUUACUCAAUUGAAGGCAAGCAUGUCUUCGUCGACCUUGUUCGGCCUAGCAAGAGUGUGGACUUCCAUGCUGGAGCCAAGGAUACUGCGCAGGAGAUCGUGGCCGCACUUGGCGAGAUCGCCGGGGCCUAUCGGGCCGAAGGGCUACGAGAGGUCCUUGCCGCUGGAAAAGGUGGUGGUGGUGGCCAUAAGAAGGGCACCAUAUUGUAUGACUUCACGGCACAAGGCGAUGAUGAGGUGACGGUGGACGUGGGUGAUGACGUUGUUGUUAUCGAUGACACCAAGUCCGAAGAGUGGUGGAUGGUGCGGCGAAUGAAGAACGGCAAAGAAGGAGUGGUCCCUAGCAGCUACGUUGAAGUGACUGGAUUUGUGAGCCUUGAGCCGUCUGGGGUGGAAUCUGGUCUAUCAACAGUAGAAAAGAACCGAUUGGAGGAGGCCCGACUGGCCAAGGCAGCCCUUGGGAAGCCCAGGACGGACUCUAUUGAUUCUACAGAUCGCCACUCGAAGCGCGAGAGCAAGUCAAAGUCUAAACCUGACCCGAGCAAAGUGAGGAAAUGGACCGACCGUUCAAAGGCUUUCACGGUUGAGGCACAGUUCAUUGGCCUUCAAGAUGGCAAGAUUCAUCUGCAUAAGAUCAACGGAAUCAAGAUUGCGGUACCCGUGUCCAAGAUGUCCGUUGACGAUCUUGAGUACGUGGAGAAGGUUGCUGGUGUCUCUCUGGACGAGGACAAGCCUCUUUCGAGCAUUCGGGCUCGUGCUACCUCCGACGGCAAACGCGGCUCUGCAGGCGCAUCUGUGCAGCGUCCCGAGUACGAUUGGUUCGAUUUCUUCCUCAAGGCUGGCGUUGGACCACACCAGUGUGAGCGCUAUGCGCAGAACUUCCUUAAGGAUUCCAUGGAUGAAUCUGUCUUGCCUGACAUUUCUCCCGAGACCCUUCGCACUUUGGGCUUGAAGGAGGGCGAUAUUCUCCGAGUCAUGCGACACCUGGACACCACUCUUGGCCGCACCGGUGCCAAAUCUAAACUUCGGAAUGUGAGCUUUGGUGGAGAGGAAGUUAUUGAGGAUGGCCAGGGUGGACUUUUCGCUGGACCUGGUGGUACCCUUCGCAAUAAUACUCGAAAGGGUAGACCGGCUCCAGCAGUCCAGGCUGGUGACGUUGUCGAUCCCAAAGCCUUUGAACAGGCAGAUGAGACCCAGGCAAAGGAAGAGCGAGCCGCUAGUCCUGCAGCAGCAGUUGCACCUGAGAAGCCUGUCGCGCGUGGAUUUGACGAUGAUGCAUGGGAAGUGAAGCAACGCAAGACCACGACUGCUGCGCCGGUCAAUUCCACUCCUUCCGGCACUGCCUCGCCGCCACCUGUUAUCCAGAAGCAGAUCACGGGUGCAAUGGCUGACUUGUCAUUGCUUCAAGCUCCGCUGCAGCCUGUCCCUGCGCAGCAUACUGCCACACAGCCAGGUUCUGCCAUUCCCGCCCUUCAACCGCAGCAGACUGCUGUACAGCCUCCGCCGGUGCAGCCCCAGCCGACUGGUGCUACCCCUGGUUUCUUCAACCAAAUAGCACAACAACAGCCUCAGGGCUUCAGUCCUCAACAGACUGGAUUUCAACAGUCACAGGCCAGACAGCGCCCCCAGGUGCCACAGAACAUGAACCAGAAUUCGCUUCUUCCCCCACCUCCGCAGCGCCCACUAUCGGCGCCACAGAAUUUCACACAACAACAGAAUUCCUUUGGUCCCCCUCCAUUGCAGCCCCAAUUGACUGGGCUUCCUCAGGCAGGGCCACCAAUAGCUGCUCCAGGGCAGAGCUUGACCGAAUUGAAUCAGCAGCACAUGCAGCCCCAAAUGACAGGCUUCAUGGGACAGCCUCAACCCCAGAACGGGUUGAUGCCUCAGCCGACUGGGUUUAUUCCCCAAUCGCAAUUCGGAAUCCAGCAGCAGCAGCAGCAGCAGCAGCUUCCCUAUGUCAAUGGUCAACCAGGACAAAUUACAGGCUUCCAGGGAAUGGCUCCGCAACAAACCGGCUUUGGCGGGUACCCCCAACCUCAGCAGCCGAUGCAAACUGGUAUCAACUCCAUGCUUCCUCCCGCUUUGCAGCCUCAGCCAACUGGUGCCAACGGUUUCGGAAAUGGACACUACAAUGCAUCAUCGCCACCUCCGGUGCCACCAAUUCCCCAGCAACCAAUGGCCACACCUCUGUCGCCUCAGAAGACAGGACCUCCUCCGUCCGUCAGAUUUGGUGUCAAGCCAGAUGCGCCCAAAAAGCUUGCUCCACAGCCAACGGGAAUGAGGGCUAACCUUUCACAAGCUACGCCUACCAACCCCUUCGGCUUCUAA